UGAGGUGUCAGUGUUAUAGUUCCAGUGGUCCUCCACCCCUUCAGCGCGUCCUCACCACCACAGUGGACAGCUACUGACCACUGCAGAGGGAGCAUCACUCAAGUCCCUUCCUUCACUUUUGACAUCUGCUCUGAGGACAGAUGUGGACCUGCUGACGUCACACUUCAUAUCCACAUCUAGAGACACCAGCCGGAGAUUAAAGAUGAAGUGGCAACGUCAUAUGGUGUCCGCGGUCCUGGUCGGCUCUGGACUGGCAGGGCUGCAUCAUGAAGAGAGGAAGCAUGGCUGCUCUCAACAGUCACAUCAGGGGACUCGAACCCAGGACCGUGUCUCAGUUUAUACAGGCUUCUCUGUCGUGUCCUGAAGGAGACAAGUGGACACCUCUGUGGUCAGUCGGAUGCGUGACUUAUGUGUAGGAGGUUAGCAGGAGCUAACGCUACGCUUGCCCUGUGGUGCUGAUUGGUCUGUGCAUGAACAUGUGACUUGGCUUGCACGCUUCCUGAGAGCCCAUCGUCGUGUCCUGUUUCUGAAGGCUUCAGAUUUUCUUCACCAAACGUCGGUCCAAUCUUUGCCACUUUAUUCUGUAAUCUGUGGUUGAGUUUGGUGUUGUGGUUCCUUCUGGCUCAGCUCUGCCUCCGUGGUGAUAAUUUACUUUGCUUGUGUGAUCAAUCCAGUGGAUCAGAUUACAGUGUUGGAUGGUUACAGUGGAUUAGCAGCGUGUUGAUGGUAAAGAGUCCUGGUGGGAUCCAGGUCCAGCCCAACCAAGCAGUCAUGUGAUCAUCAGGAGUCAACGUGUGGUAGAUUUCUGCUUGUGAUCUAACUUCCUGUGGGCUGGAUAAUGUGCUGUAAUCUGCCUUAAUCUGCUCCUUCCCCUCCUUCCCCUCCUUCUGUCCGCUCACGCCGCACUGGCCUGCAGUAUGAGCCAGCGGCAGCAUGAGAGCAGCCACAGUGGGAGGCUUCCUGGUGCUGCCGUGGCCCGGCCGCGGUUCCGCCGACGUGGACGGGUCGGAGGGCAGCUGGGAGCUUCUGCUGCAGGGGGGGGCGCUGCUGGGAGUCACCGUCUUCUGCGUGGCGGUGUUGAGGCGAUGGAUUGCCGGUGGGGUGUGUCGCUGUACGGCCCGUCUGGAUGGGAAAACUGUUCUGAUCACCGGCGCCAACACUGGCAUCGGUAAAGAAACCAGCAGAGACAUGGCGGCGAGAGGGGCUCGGGUGGUGAUGGCGUGCCGGGACUUGACCAGGGCUGAGGCGGCAGCAGAGCACGUCCGGCAGGCAACAGGCAACGGGAACGUGGUGAUCCGACACCUGGACUUGGCCUCCAUGUUUUCGGUGAGACAGUUCGCCAAAGACUUCCUGGACAGUGAAGACAGACUGGACAUUCUCAUCAACAACGCAGGUGUGAUGAUGUGUCCAAAAUGGAUGACAGAAGAUGGAUUUGAGACACAGCUGGCUGUCAAUCAUCUGGGUCACUUCCUGUUGACCAACCUGCUGCUUCCAAAACUAAGAAGCUCCACCCCCAGCCGUGUGGUCACCGUGUCGUCCAUCGCCCACAAGGGAGGCCGCAUCGACCUGGACGACCUCUUCUUCAGCUGCAGGCCCUACAGUCCUCUGGUCAGCUAUCAGCAGAGCAAGCUGGCCAAUGUCCUGUUCACCCGGGAGCUGGCCCGGAGACUAUCAGGCUCUGGAGUCUCUGCGUUCUGUCUUCAUCCGGGUGUGAUCCGCACUGAGCUUGGUCGUCAUGUGGAAGGCUGGUUCCCCCUGCUGGGGGCGCUGCUGAGCCUCCCUUCGCUGCUGCUAAUGAAGACGCCACAUCAGGGCUGCCAGACCACUAUCCACUGUGCUGUGGCCCCUGGACUGGAGGAACUAUCGGGACGAUACUUCAGCGACUGCGUGGAGAAGGAAGCAGCUCCCGAGGGCCGCGAUGACCUGAUGGCCCUGAAGCUGUGGGAGGAGAGCGCCCGGCUGGUCCAGCUCCAUGACUCCUGCUGAUCCGGACCAACCUGGACCCAUGCCGUCCGCUUAUUAUGGGCCACAAUUUUGUUUUUGAUGGUCACCUGAGCACACUAGGGGUUCGAAGGUUUCGUUGAGUGACGUGCUGUGCAGGUGAUUCCUCCACAACAUUGACACCAAUCUCAACAACAACAAUGAUCCAUGCCAAACUAGCAGAAAUAUAGAACAGGAAGUGACACCAUCCUUUUCCUACAAACUGAGCAACGCACGAGCUGAUGAACACAAACAAACCGAUCCAUAAGCGUAAAAACACGUUUCAAAACCUGAGAGUCAAUGUUGACUUGGUCCAGAGAGAGACGGGGGCAAGAGAAGUGAGAGGUCCUGGGUCAGUUUUAACUCUCAUGACCACUGACCCUAGACAGUCAGUUCCCGAGUCAGCGUUUCUGUUAGACUCGUGAUGUGACUCAGUGAAUCUCUAAUUUGGUCAGCAGGUCUCUCGGGGCUUCCGACAGCUGCUGCAGAUCAAAGGUCAAAAGAAGGUCACAGACUCAGGUCAGAAGAGGAAGCGACUUGAUGAUGACUUGUUCCACUCAGAAUCGCCUCUUGUGUCGCUUCCUGCGCGUGUUAUCUGCUCAGAGUGACACACAAUCACUUCAGCAGAACCAGAGGAAAGUUGAACAUCACAUGACUGAGUUUGCUGACAGACCCAGUGACAUCAUCAGUGGCAUCAUCCGCAGGAACAUUGAACCACUUUAGUUCGAUGAACAAUUCUGCAGUCAGUGGAGUCCCUGGAGAGUCGACUCGCAUCAAUUGUUUGGACUUGUUUCUCAACAGAAUUGAAUAAAUAAAUAAAGGUUAAC